AUGGCGAUCCGGGUAGCAACUCUGGCCCUGCUGCUGGUGCUGGUGGCACCAUGGCAGGCCCACGCAGCAGGCCGCAUCCUGCUGGACGGUAAGGAAGGACGUGAUGACAAGGGCGGCAAGGGCGGCAAGGGCAAGGACGACCAGAACCAGUUCGGCGACUGGGGAAACUUUUUCAACAAUGGCAACGGCGGCGGUGGUUUUGGGCAGGGCGGCUUCAACAAUGGCGGCGGCCGCUUCGGCCAGGGUGGCUUCAACAACGGGCCUGGCCGCUCCGGCCAGGGUGGCUUCAACAACGGUGGCGGCCGCUUUGGCCAGGCCGGUGGCCGCAACGACGACACCAGGGGCGGCAGCCGCAACGACGACAACAGGGGCGGCAGCCGUGGCUUCCAGCGCUAUGACCGCCAGAUCUUCUCCGGCCUGGUGCCCUCCAGCCCGCCCAGCGGUUUCGGGUCCCGCAGGGGCCAAGGCCUGUCGGCCGAUGCGCAGCGCCUCAGCCAGUCGUUUGCCACUGCGAGUGCGACCUCCACCGCUCAGAGCAUUGUGGGUGGCGGCAACAGCUACGCCAUUGCUGAGGCCAUUGUGGACACGGCCGCCCGCGGCCGCGGCAGCAGCAUCGCCACCGCGUUCGCCUCCGCCGCCUCCCUCAACCGCGGCCGCACCGCCGACCUCCUGAGCCAGUCCGCCAGCGUCGCCCUCGCCCGCGGCCAGGUCGACCCCUUCGCCCGCGCCACUGCCAGCGCGUUCACCGACGCGCGCCGCCGCGGGUCGCUGCGCAACUUCGGCCUCGCCGUGGCCGACGCGGUCAGCCGCGGCGGGCAGAACGGGCAGUAUGCAUACGGCAAGGCGCUCGCGACCGCCAUCGCCGGCGGUGGCGACGGCCAGCAGGCGGUUGCUGAGGCGACCGCGGAGGUGUUCUGCUCGGGCUCCAACAGCUACGCCUCUGCCUGGUCGUCGGCUUUUGCGAUCGCGCUGAACCAGGACCAGAACGGCUGCCUCGUGCUGUCCAAGGCGCGCGCCCUCGCGUCCGCCAGCUGCGGCGGCGGCGCGUUCAACUCGUUUGCCGACAGCGAGGCGACGUCUAAGGUCCUGGGCUUCUGCGGCCUGUUCCCUCCUGGCGCGGGGCCUCAGUUCAACUUCAACAGCGCAAACAACGGAGCCAGCAGCUUCGGCGGCAAGUAA